ACGUGCUGACGUCAGCUAUAUAAAGGCCUCAGCCCCUUUGUUCCUCCUCAGUGCGUCGUUGCUCUUCUAUCGGCGGGGACGGAUCCUAAACAGUGUCAAAAUGGUUGAAGCCGAUCGGCCUGGGAAGCUGUUCAUUGGUGGCCUGAACACAGAGACCAAUGAGAAGGCUCUUGAAUCUGUCUUUGGCAAAUAUGGUCGCAUUGUGGAAGUUCUUCUUAUGAAAGACCGUGAAACCAACAAGUCAAGAGGAUUUGCAUUUGUCACCUUUGAGAGCCCAGCAGAUGCCAAGGAUGCUGCCAGAGAUAUGAAUGGAAAGUCUUUAGAUGGAAAAGCCAUUAAAGUUGAACAAGCUACCAAGCCAUCCUUUGAAACCGGUAGACGUGGGCCCCCACCCCCUCCACGGAGCCGAGGUCCUCCAAGAGGUCUUCGAGGUGGAAGAGGCGGAAGUGGAACACGGGGGCCUCCUUCACGAGGGAGUCACUUGGGUUCUUCUAGAGGGCCCCUCCCAAUGAAAAGGGGUCCACCUCCACGUAGUGGGGGCCCACCACCUAAGCGACCUGCACCUUCAGGACCUGUGCGCAGCAGUAGUGGAAUGGGUGGGAGAGCGCCCCUGUCACGUGGCAGAGAUAGUUAUGGAGGACCUCCACGCAGAGAGCCACUGCCAUCACGAAGAGAUGUCUACUUGUCUCCUAGAGAUGACGGUUAUAGCACUAAAGACAGCUAUUCAAGUCGGGACUAUCCAAGUUCUAGAGACACACGGGAUUAUGCUCCACCUCCGAGAGAUUAUGCCUACCGUGAUUAUGGCCAUUCCAGUUCACGUGAUGAGUACCCCUCCAGAGGUUACAGUUAUUCCUCUUACAGUGAUCGUGAUGGCUACGGAGGGCGUGACCGGGACUACUCCGAUCACCCAAGUGGAGGCUCUUACAGAGAUUCGUAUGAGAGUUAUGGUAACUCACGUAGUGCUCCACCUGCACGAGGGCCCCCUCCAUCUUAUGGUGGAAGCAGUCGCUAUGACGAUUACGGGAGCACCCGAGAUGGGUAUGGUGGAAGUCGAGACAGUUACUCAAGCAGCAGAAGUGAUGUCUACUCAAGUGGCCGUGAUCGUGUUGGAAGACAGGACAGAGGCCUUCCCCCUUCCAUGGAAAGGGGCUAUCCUCCUCCACGUGAUUCAUACAGCAGCUCAAGCCGCGGAGCACCCAGAGGUGGCGGCCGUGGAGGGAGCCGCUCUGAUAGAGGUGGAGGCCGAAGCAGAUACUAAAACCUUUGAAACUAUUGGACCAAAUAAGUUUUUUCCUCCAACAAGUGGAAAGUGGAAAUUCUAUCUUCACUCCCAGAGGACUACUGAAACGUUGUUUUUACCUUUUUUAUUGUUGCUUGUUAAGUUCCCCUCCAUUACUGAUGUUUUUUGUGAGGAAAGAGUAAACAUGUUUAAAUUUCAUUUCAAAAUUGUUAAUAUUUCUCUCAAAAAGCAGAUGUUAAUGUAUGACAUUUUGAGCCUGUGUACUAGUGUUGUAACCUUUCGAAGUAAACGUUAACCCUGAAAUGCCACACUUCUCACCUCAUCAAUGAGACCAGCAAACCUAAGGCUUCCCAUACAACGUGCAGCCAUCUAAAAUGGCCAUGGAUUGUUCUACACAUGCAAACGUGCCUUCUUUCUAGGCAAGCCACAUUAGCUGUUGGAGGGUGGUGGGGAUGUGUGCCCAGCUAAAAUGUUAAGUGUCCUCUGAAAUGCACACAAUGCUCCCAAAUGAGAAAUGUCUUCAGUCUUGUGUAAAAAUUCAGGAUACCAUUCAGUCAUUAAAUCAAAACAACAAAUGGAUAAUGCUGAAUGUACAUAGUGCCUUUCUACGUAUUUCAUUGGGAAUUUACAAGAACCUCACUCCCAAAUUACAUAAUUAACCUGUAGUACGCACGCUACAGAGUUCUGUAAGUAAGAGGUUUGACCAGUUCCAUCAAAGAAGCUGCAAAACCAUACUUGCUCUUACUGUUUCAAAUUUUUGCAACCCUGUAGUGUCUCAUUUUUAAAGGAACAGCUUUGACUCCAAAGGCAAAAUGGAGAAAAUAAGAUAAGCAAAGAAGUCUUUCUCUCCAACUUCUGAAAGGCUUAUAAACAAGUGAAACUUUCAGCAUUCCACAACAGAUUUAAAGCAUCAAAUGCCUGUGAAACAGCAAAGAUGGUAAGCAAAGCAAACUAGUUUUUCAGUCUAAGUCAAACAUGAAACCAAAACUGUCGUCCUUAGUACGGUAGGACAUGCUGUACAUCAUGGCAAUGGAAGUUCUUUCUAGAUUUUAAAGAAAGCAGCACCCAAUGGAAAAACUGUGCUGGAUAGCCUUAGGCGAAGCCUUCCAAAUUCAACAUAACCUUAUCUUGGAUGAAAGUAUAUAUGGCACAAACCUUUUGAAAAAUGAUACUAAGAACGUAGACAUUCCCAUAAAGGGUUGGGAGGGGUUGAUUUUUUUUUUGCCCAAUGUGUUUCUAUGAAGAUACUUAAAAGUAACAAGAAAAGAAAACAGGCUGUCUGUCCUAUAUUUUAAGAAAUUAAAACCGUAACAAUCAGAAAUUGGCUUAAAUUGCCAAAAUCUAUACCAGCUUGGGGAAUGUCAAGCAAGCCAUUAAUACAUCCUGAUGUUUAGUUGGAUGCCUGACUUUUCUUCCUUUAUGCUAUGUAGUCUUGUGUGGGGAGUUCUGAUACAAAUGGCAGAACCUGUGGCAAGUUGUCAUGACCCAGGUACAGCCGGGAAGUUCAAAGAUGCUCUUGAAAUGUAGUAAGACUUGAAGACCUCCAACUAAUGUUCUUCUAUAAUCCUCAAAACAUAUUUACCUGUCAAGUUAUGGAUUUACCAUGAAACGCACCAUUGGAAAGGAAAUAAGAAUCCAUAAGCCAUGCGACUUAUCACUAAGCCAUUCCAGUUCAUUCCAAUCCAGUGAACCUUCCACCUCUCAAAACUAAAGAGUUAGUUCUUGAACCUGAUUAAUCGGCAAACCCAGGACUAUUCAAUUUGUUUCGGGGGAUGGUUGUGGGUUUGGGCACUUGGUUAACAUGAUUUUCAUGCCUACUUUAAUUGUUACAGGCUGACCACUGCCUUUAAGAUGAUGUAACCUCAAGUACAGUGUGCGCCUGCAUUGGUAGUGGAUGAUGUGCAUGUUAAAGAAAAACAGGUCUGGGAUUAAUUGUGGCUGAUUUGAAGAGUGGAUGCCUAUGGAGAAUGGAGUUGCCCAUGUUUAAUGGAAGACAUUUUUGAAAGAAGGCAGAUCUCAAAUGUCAGUUGUCUGUCUUGGCUAUGGGCCCUGGCUGCUCACAAGACAAGAGGAGACCUAAAUGUCAAAACAGUUGGAUAGAAAUUAUCCACCUUUCAAAUUCCAUUCUUAUCACCCUGCAGAUGUACAGUGUGUCUGUACUGGCUGCAUGUAACUUAAAAUUUACUGGCAGCAGCAAGUCCCAAUUAGUAUCCUUCUGUAUUAACAUGCAGAAGAGAUCAUCUGAGAGAGUGACCCAACUCAUGGUACUUGAACCAUGGCAGCCAGGAUGUGAUCCACAAAGAUGCAGGAGAAUUGAAAAAAGUCCAGUUGAUUGAGGUUUUAGUUGAUGAUAAUGCAUUUCUAUAUUACCAAUGUAGCCAAAGCUUUCUAGAUGGUUUACAAAAUUCAUAAAACCAAGUCAAGAAUAUACAAACAAAGCAACAUUAGAAAGCUUAGAACAGUAAAGAAUGGCAGCAUAAGAAACAACUUUGAUGAAUACUCUUUUCAAACCCCUGGAUAAAGUUUCCAAGCAAAGCCUUUCAGGCUUCAGGAUUAAAGGGACAUUUUAUCCUGGAUCCAAAAGGUGACACAUUCGGCAGUGGAUAGGCUGCCCUGUGAAGGUUGUUCAGGGUGAGGGAAGCCCAGAGAAGUUGUCUUGUUGCCCCCCUCCCUCACUUGACACUCAGGGAAGGUCCCAGAGAUUGGACGCAGCUCCAGAAAGCUGUAUUAAAUAGUAGCAUUUAGAGUGGCAUUUUAGCAAGAGUUUAAGCAUGUUUUUGAUAGUAUUAUUCAGGAGCUUUAUAGGCCAUCCAUCACUCAUGUUUGGACUGCUUACAGAAUAUUAUGAAUCCCAAACAGAAUAUAUUGGCUAUACCAUGAACUGAGCAUAAAAAUGACAUGGUUAAAAUAGAUAUACAAUUAAAAUUGAUUAACAUUAAAAUAUUGAUGAAAUAAAAAGGUCUUGACCUGGCACCGAAAAGUAUAUAAUGACGGCACCAGGCACACCUCUCCAGGAACCACAUUCCACAGUAUUAAGUCAGGAUUAUAUCAAGAAGUGAAAAAAGACUGAUAAAGUACAGGUAAGAUGAAGGUUAAGAUCUUGCAUAGAUGUAAAGCAUUCAGAAUACUAAAACAGUCUUUUAAAGAAUAAUGCUGCAGACUAGGUCAAGUCUGACACUGCAAGACAUGAAUUCAUGCUGCAAACGUACUCAAAACAGGCAAGAAUAUGUGUUUUAGCCACAAACUCCCAGUCCCCAAAUGGUGGCAGAUGAUUGCAAGUGGAAGGCCCGGGAAUCAAGAUUGUUGUAGUCAUAUCAGUUGUCUAAAUAAAGUGUUAAACUCCU